AUGGCGACCAUAAAAGCGAUCGAGGGCAAGACGGUCCAUCAAAUCCAGUCCGGCCAGGUCAUUGUCGAUUUAUGCUCCGUAGUGAAGGAGCUGGUCGAGAAUAGCCUGGACGCAGGGGCGACGAGCAUCGAUGUGCGGUUCAGGAACCAAGGCCUGGACUCCAUAGAGGUGCAGGAUAACGGCGACGGCAUCUCCCCGCACAACUACGAGACCCUGGCCCUCAAGCACCACACCUCGAAGCUGUCGACCUACUCCGACCUGACGACACUGCAGACGUUUGGAUUCCGUGGCGAGGCGCUGUCGUCGCUAUGUGCGCUGUCGAGAUUCUCGGUCGUGACGUGCAUGGCGGCCGAUGCGCCGAAAGGCACGAAACUCGACUUUGAAGUCUCGGGCAUGCUGAAGGGGACGGGCGUUGUGGCUGCGCAAAAGGGGACGCUGGUCUCGGUGGAGAACCUUUUCAAUAAUUUACCCGUAAGGAGGAGGGAGCUGGAACGGAAUAUCAAGAGAGAAUGGACGAGGGUGAUGGGCGUGUUGGGCCAGUAUGCUUGCAUACAGACGGGCAUCAAAUUCUCGGUGUCGCAGCAGGCGGGUAAAGGGAAAAAGACGACGCUGUUCUCGACGAAGGGGAAUCAGAGCACGAGGGAGAAUAUUGUGAAUGUGUUUGGGGCGAAGACGCUUACGGCGCUCAUACCGCUGGAUCUGAAUCUUGAGCUGGACGCUACGAGUGCGCCAUCUCAGAAAUGGAGUACGCAGGAUGAUGGUGACACGAAGAAGAUCCGCAUUACGGGGCAUGUCUCACGGCCGGCUUCUGGGGAGGGGAGACAGACGCCUGAUAGACAGAUGUUCUUCGUCAAUGCGAGGCCGUGUGGACUUCCGCAGGUAGCGAAGGCGUUCAACGAGGUGUACAAGGCGUACAACGGUACGCAGUCGCCGUUCAUCUUUGCGAACAUCGAGCUGGAUACGCAUCUGUAUGAUGUCAAUGUUAGUCCGGAUAAGCGGACUAUUCUACUGCAUGACCAGAAUCGUAUGCUGGAGAAUCUUAAGGAGGAGUUGACGAAGCUGUUCGAGAGUCAGGAUUACACGGUUCCAAUCUCACAGUUGCCCGCGCAGAAGCAGUUGGCGUAUAAGCAGCUGACUAUCAGUCGGGAAAAUAGCACCAUUUCUCCGAGGACUUCGCAGUCUCCAGCCGUGAUUGCUGAGAGGGAGGAGUCCGAAGAUGCAGGAUCGGUUCAGUCAUCUAGCAGACGAGGGCAGAGCGUCGACGAUGAAACGCCGAGCAAGAAAUCCAAUCCCCAGCCUAGAGGUGCUGUGUCUAGGGAUUCCAUGGGUAGGGACAGCAGUGCUGCCAACUUGAUCUCGAAGUGGGCUGGACGAAGGUCUGAGGACCGUAUAGGUAAAGAAAAGGAAGACCCGGCUCUGCCAAAGAAAGCUGUUUCGGCGCCCCCUGGUCUGUCAGAAGAGAAGCGUAGACUACUUGCGAAGCUGAGAAAUCAGAGUGAACAGGAGCAGGGAGAGGCUGUACCUGAGUCUUCUGCGGAAUCGGAUAUUUCUGCUGCAGGGACACAGUCUCUAAGUGAUUUGGCUUCUAAUAUGGAGCCGCCCCCUCCGGUCCCUAUUUUCUCGAAGGGAACUUCCGAGGCACCGACAAUCUCGAGCUCUGUCUGGAAUGAUUCUAGGUCUAUAUCGAGAUCAGUUGAGCCCGAGAGGGAUAUUCCUGCACUCGGGUCGCCUCCAAAGCCUACUCCGUCGAUCGCGGAUAGAUUCUCUAGUACAGCAAGGACGCAACGAGCGCCUGGUGAGAUUGCUACAAUUACUAUCGGGGACCAUACUGUUACCAGCACAAUUGGAUAUCCGGCGAAGAGAGCUCGUAUCGAAAAUUUAUCUAGCUCUGCUCCGAGCAGCCGUCGUUCGCAGGCACAGACUGCAAAGGGACCGUUACCAACAUUUGGGAGUAGUCUGAGUCAGAUGUUUGCAGCUUCUGGGACUACUACACGGUCUGUGGUUGCUGAUGACAUUGAAGAUGGCUCGGAUUCAGAGGUUGCAAAUGCUGCUCCUGCAUCUCCUCAGACCGAUUCACCUGAGGCCGACGGGCCCAUGGAUAUCCCAGAUGAUGACGGCGAGGGGCUGUUCGUCCCUCAGACGCCUCGGCCAAAAAUCGAUUCCGUUAAGCAGCAAGAUCCCGAUCUGGAUUCUUCGAUCCCUCCACAUCAUAACGACGAAGAGGACGCCGAGUACAUUGAUGAGGUGCAGAAGAAAGCCCUUGAAGAAGCCAAAGUCCAAGAAAUCAUCGAUCAAGCUGAGAAGUCAGGUGUACAGCCAUCGCAGGAGACUACUCUGCGUGCAAAGUCGCUGCUCAAAGGCGGUUCCAGAAAGAAAGAUGCAACUCUCAACCUGGUGAGAGUGGUGGAGACUGACAUAUCUAAGAUUGCUGCGGAACAUCAAGCUCUCAACCGGGCCUUGUCUGAAUACCAGGUCGCAGUCACCGAGAAAGCUAAGGACGAAGCACUAGAUUCGGCGCAAGCAGAAGAGAAAUUAUCACUCAUAAUCUCAAAAUCCGACUUCGCCAAGAUGAAGAUCGUUGGCCAGUUUAACCUAGGAUUUAUCCUUGCGACUCGAGCAUCAGGCUCGAAAUGCGAAGAUGGCGUCAUGACAGCAGACGACAUGUUCAUCAUCGACCAGCAUGCCUCGGACGAGAAAUAUAACUUCGAGCGUCUCUACGCUACGACGAUUGUGCAAUCCCAGCGUCUCGUCUACCCCAAAACCCUCGACCUCACGGCUCUCGAAGAAGAGAUAGUCAUGGAGAAUCUCUCAGCCCUCGAGACCAACGGAUUCAUCAUCACCGUCGACGAGACGGGUGAAUCCCCCGUCGGGAAACGCUGCCAACUCACUUCCCUGCCCAUCUCGCGUGAAACGGCGUUUUCACUCACCGACCUUGAGGAGCUAAUAGCACUGCUGGCGGAAUACUCGCCUGGUACGGGACCCGUGCCGCGGCCGAGCAAGAUGCGGAAGAUGUUCGCAAUGAGGGCUUGCCGGAGUAGUAUUAUGAUUGGCAAGACGCUUACGGGCAGGCAGAUGGGGAAGGUGGUUAGGCAUCUUGGGGAGUUGGAUAAGCCGUGGAAUUGUCCGCACGGGAGGCCGACUAUGAGACAUCUUUGUGCGCUUGGGGAGUGGGACGGGGUCGGGUGGAGGGAGGGCGAUGUUGUUGAUGAGGACGGGGGCGUUGUGAGAGGAGGGACGGAUUGGGCGGGGUACCUGAGGGAACAGAUGGAAGAGGUUGAGAUGGAGGAAGAGCAUGACUUUGAGAUGCCGGAUGCGACUCAACUUGGUGAGGAGGAACAUGAAGAGUAUACUGAUGAUCAAGACGCGCAAGAGGGUUCGGAAGGGGAAGUGGAGGGGGAGGAGGACUGA